AUAAGACAAAAAUAUGUCCUAACCUCAAAAAUAUACGUUCGUUUUAUUUUGUAAGCAAUUUGAAAACAUGUCGAAUAAAAGAACAAUUUAUGUGGGUGGUUUAGCAGAAGAGACUGACGAAAAGGUAUUAAACGCUGCAUUUAUUCCAUUUGGUGACAUAGUGGAUGUUCAAAUCCCAUUGGAUUAUGAGUCUGAAAAACACAGGGGCUUCGCUUUUAUCGAAUUUGAAAGUGCUGAAGAUGCUGCAGCAGCUAUUGAUAAUAUGAAUGAUUCAGAAUUGUUUGGUAGAACAAUUAGAGUUAACUUGGCUAAACCGCAAAGGAUCAAAGAAGGUUCUACUAGGCCUGUUUGGUCAGAAGAUACAUGGUUGCAACAACAUGCAGGAGAAACUAUCCAAAAGUCUAAUAAUGAAGAAGAACCAGCAGCAACCAAUGAGAAUGGAGCAGUUGUGGAAAUUCCAAAGAAAGUGAAGAAUCCACAAGUGUUCUUUGACAUUAAAAUUGGUAGAUCAGAAGUGGGCAGAAUAACUAUGAUGCUAAGAAUGGAUGUUGUACCAAGAACUGCAGAAAACUUCAAGUGUUUAUGUACACAUGAAAAAGGAUAUGGAUUUCAAGGUAGUUCAUUUCACAGAAUCAUCCCUGACUUUAUGUGCCAAGGUGGUGAUUUUACCAAUCACAAUGGUACUGGUGGGAAAUCGAUAUAUGGCAGGAAGUUUGCAGAUGAAAACUUUGAAUUAAAGCAUACUGGGAUAGGAACACUAUCCAUGGCAAACUCUGGACCUAAUUCGAAUGGUUCACAGUUCUUCAUUUGCACAGCGAAGACGGAAUGGUUGGACUCUAAACAUGUUGUUUUCGGUCAUGUUAUUAGCGGAAUGGAUGUUGUUAAAAGGAUGGAACGGUGUGGUUCAAAAAGCGGAACACCGUCAGAAAAAGUUACUAUUUCUGCCUGCGGCGAGGUUCAGUGAUUAUUUAAUAUAUACACAUUAAAUUAAGAAAAACAAGUA